UCCUCGGUGCACUUGGGAUGGGUGGAGAGGGCUGUGUCAGGAACCUGUGCCCGGCGUGAGUCUACUUAGGCCAUGAAGCCAGCAGGGUUUCUGUAGGGCCCUGCCCGUGACUCUGGGGGCCAUCUGCCUUUCAUCCAGGCCCUGGGGUCCCUUAUCAGUCUUUCGGGGUGCCUCUUAGCAAAGCUCAGCAGGCCCAGGAAGUGGCUGGGUGAACCACCCAUGGGUGCCUGGCUGGAACAGUAGAGUCGCCACAUUCCAGGCUCUUGGCUGGCAGGGCAGGAGACACUGAGCCAAGGCAGACAGGUUCCUCCUCGUCCACCGGGAGGCCAGGGGCCCCGAAGAUGGAGGAACAGGUGUUCAAGGGGGACCCGGACACCCCUCAUUCCAUCUCCUUCUCGGGGAGCGGGUUCCUUUCCUACUACCAAGCUGGGGCCGUGGACGCUCUGCGAGACCUGGCCCCGAGGAUGCUGGACACGGCACACCGCUUUGCAGGGACGUCAGCUGGAGCGGUGAUCGCAGCCCUGGUCAUCUGUGGGAUUGAAAUGGAGGAGUACCUCAGAGUGCUGAACGCCGGCCUGGCCGAGGUGAAGAAGUACUUCCUGGGACCUCUGUCCCCAUCCUGCAAGAUGGUUCAGAUGAUGCGACAGUUUUUGUACAACGUGCUGCCCGAAGACUCCUACAAGUUCGCCACCGGGAAGCUGCACGUGAGCCUCACCAGAGUCACGGACGGAGAGAACGUGGUGGUCUCAGAGUACAGGUCCAAGGAGGAGCUCAUCGAGGCCCUGUACUGCAGCUGCUUUGUUCCUGUCUACUGCGGCUUCAUCCCCCCGACAUAUCGGGGUGAGAGGUACAUUGAUGGUGGCUUCACGAGCAUGCAGCCCUGUGCCUUCUGGACGGACUCCAUCACCAUCUCCACCUUCAGCAGCCAGCAAGAUAUCUGUCCGAGAGAUUGCCCUGCCAUCUUCCACGACUUCCGGAUGUUCAACUUCUCCUUCCAGUUCUCCCUGGAGAACAUCACCCGCAUGACACAUGCGUUGUUCCCCCCAGACCUGGUGACCCUGCAGGAUUACUACUAUCGGGGCUAUGACGAUGCCGUUUCAUACCUGCGGAGGCUGAACGCUGUGUACCUUGACUCUCCCAGCAAGAGGGUGAUUUUCCCGAGGGUGGAAGUGUACUGCCAGAUAGAGGUCGCCCUCGGCCAUGAGCCCCCAGCUCAAAAUCAGCCGAGCCUCCCAGCCCAGAGGGGCCGCCAUGAAGACCCCUCACAACCCCGUGUACAGGGGGCUCCCAAAGAGGACAGAAAGAGUGGCCAUUCUCCAGCUUCUCCACCAGUGCAGACACCGGAAUCCGGGGCCAGGGGGGUUGUGGAGUCACCCCGGCCCACCCCAGCCCCACCCCAGCCAUGCCCAGUAAUGAGGCCGGGGCCGCCCACUGACCCCAGUGACAUUUGCCCAAUGAAUCUUCGACCUCCAAACCUGAAGCAAGGAGUGAAGGGCGGCCAUGAACUGGACUUGGCCACCGACCAUGGCCAAGGCACAAAAAACCUGCCGGUGUUGCUCACCUCAACCUCAGCCGGGGACACACACAGCUCAAAGGCUGGAUCCCCAAUGCCUGCUACAGCGCCUGAAUCCCUUGGUCAUUCUGGACUGCUGCUCAGACACUCCCACGCAGCCACGGCAGCCACGGCAGCCACGGCAGCCACCGCAGCCCCUGGACUUCUGCCCUCCAGUCCUUCACCACCACCUGCCCUGGCACCUGUGGAGGAGCUGGACCCAGAGCAGUCCACAGCCGCAGGGCCUCCCGCCUCUUCACCACUGACCGACUCAGAAGCACCCGGCACCAGGAAGCAAGCGCCGCAGAAGCCUCUGCUGGACAAUCCUGCUGUGGAUUCAAACAGGACAAAAAAGAUGUUCAAGAAGAAACAGAAGACAAACGCCACCAGAGAGUGCUUCCAGAGAACCCCUCGGUCCAAGAAGCCAGCUAGCAAAGUCCAGUCUGCUCCUUGCCCACUGGACUUCUCCACUUCUAAGACAGUUUGGGUCACCUACAAGCCUCAUCCCAACCGGAUCCAAGAAUACAGCUGCCCCGAGGGACUAGGUGGACAGAACUCCUAGGCUGAAGCAGGAGAGACCCCAGUGACCUGGAGCCCAGGUCCAGCCUCCCACCCAAGGCAACCGGUCUUGGGACCAGGGGACGCCCUGAGCCACCCAGCACCGCAGUGUGUUUCUUUGUUUGAAGAGUCUCCAGCCCACUGAAGUCUCCAUUUAUAAUCCCUGGAACCCCCUCCCUAAACUGUUCCCUGGGAUCUCCCGAGGGAGGGACCUGACUAGCAUUCUGGGCUUUAGGGUGUUUUCAGCUCCCUCCCCCUGGAAUUAUGUGGCUCAGCCAUGCUGACCAGCAGCCAAGGACUUUCCGAGUCUUGGAAUAGCAGUGGAAGAUGUCAAGGACCAAGUGUCCCUCCCCCCAGCACCAGUGAGGGCAGAGUGUCUUUCACGCGGCUGUCACCGUGACCCACAAGGAAGACAUCCUCAGCCUCGUUGGGUGAUGCUUUGGGAGACAUAUAAAACUAAACAUCUGCGCUCAAGCUGGCCUGGCACAGCAGCCCCAAAA